AUGACCACCCUACAACGCCUGGACAUGCUCCUAAUGAGACGAUGGAGGGUGUCCUGGGGGAUUGCCUCCCAGAUCUGGACCAGGGAAUCACUUAGCUCCUUGACAAAGCGUCUGGAGGCUUUGGAGGAGCACGAGGACGACGUGGUGGUGGGGUUCGCUCAGUUUUGGGGGUCCACGGCGCGCGUGCACGACGUCAACAUGAGCAAGAAACUCUGCGGUACAAACUACCCGCUGAGCAUCUGCUUCAUCGUCGUCAACGAGUUCUGCGAACGUUUCUCCUACUAUGGCAUGCGAGCGGUGCUGACGUUGUACUUUUUGACAUACCUGGAUUGGGACCACGACCUUUCCACGGCCGUGUACCAUGCUUUUACCAGCCUUUGCUAUUUCACGCCCGUCCUGGGGGCCAUCAUCGCCGACUCCUGGCUGGGGAAGUUCAAGACCAUCAUCUACCUGUCAAUUGUCUACGUGCUGGGUCAUGUGAUCAAGUCGGUGGGCGCCAUUCCUACGGUUGGAAGCAACACCGUGCACAUCGGCCUGUCCAUGACGGGUCUGAUUUUGAUCGCCUUCGGAACGGGUGGAAUCAAGCCGUGCGUGGCCGCCUUUGGGGGCGACCAGUUCCAGGAACGGCAUGCGAACGAGAGGAUGAAAUUCUUCUCCAUCUUCUACAUGGCCAUCAACGGCGGCAGCCUCCUGUCCACUAUCAUCACACCCAUCCUAAGAGAGGACGUGCAGUGUUUUGGUGGCGACUGCUACGCUUUGGCCUUCGGCGUACCUGCUGCUCUCAUGACGUUGGCGUUAGCUGUAUUUGUAGCAGGCAGUGGCCUGUACCGGCGAAAUCCUCCAGAGGGCAACAUCUUGGUGGAGGUCUGCAACUGCAUCGGCUUUGCCGUUAAGAACAGGUGGAGGAGGUCCAAGUACGAGUCCAGCAGGAGACACUGGCUAGACUGGGCCGAGGACAAGUAUCCGAAACAUCUGAUCACAGAAAUCAAAAUGGUUCUGCGGGUCCUGGUGCUCUACAUUCCAUUGCCGAUGUUCUGGGCUCUCUUCGAUCAGCAGGGUUCUCGCUGGACAUUGCAGGCCACAAGAAUGGACAUGGCUUUUGGGGAAGCCUUUUCCAUCAAACCUGAUCAAAUGCAGACAUUAAAUGCACUGCUGAUUCUGGUGUUUGUACCCGUGUUCGACCUCCUCAUAUACCCGCUGGUCUCCCUCUGCAGAAUCAAAAUCACGCCGCUGAGGAAAAUGGCCACUGGGAUGGUUUUUGCAGCAUUGGCGUUUGCUGCCGCCGCCUUGGUGGAAAUUCAAGUGGUGAGAACUGUGGUGGAGGAGCCAGCGGCGGGCAAUUGUCUGCUCCAGGUGUACAACUUGGCGCCGGGUGACGUCCGUCUCCAGUUCCCCCAAGGCGGCGACCCUUUUCCAGACUCUCUCCCCUAUCUCCAGGACCCCCAGGAGUACCUGACGCUUCCACUGGGAGCGCCGAGCAUCAACAUGAGUUUGGAGGUCCACUACAAAGGCGCCGCCUCUCGCUGCAACGUCACUUUUGCCCAGCACAAGGCGUACAGUCUUAUCUUGCAUCCUACCAAUGCUGGAAUAGGCUGCAAAAUGGUAAAGGACCACAUUAUGAAAAAUGACAAAGGAGCUCCUCUUCUUAGGUUCCUUAACACUUUGUCAGAAGCGGCCAACAUCAGCGUGGGACGAGAGACGUUCCACACAAGCGCCGGUUACAGCGUCUCCCAAAACAAAACCAUCAUGCGCGGAGUGUAUAACCAAGUGAGAUGCACCAUGGCAUCAAAGACUUGCCCGGACCUGGACCUCGGUCUCCUAGACUUUGGAGCCUCAUACACUGUGAUCCUACUGGAGGAGUCUGACAAGAUAAUGGCACACAAGAUGGAGGACGUCCACGCCAACAACAUGCACAUUGCAUGGCAGAUCCCUCAGUACGUCUUAAUCACGGUGGGCGAGGUCAUGUUCUCCAUCACCGGUCUGGAGUUCUCCUAUUCGCAGGCUCCCUCCAACAUGAAGUCGGUCCUGCAGGCUGGGUGGCUUUUGACCGUCGCCUUCGGGAAUGUCAUUGUACUGAUCGUGGCAGAGGGCGCUGGGCUAGCACAGUGGAAAGAGUUCGCGCUAUUCUCUGCUCUGCUGCUGGCCGUGUGCAUUGUGUUCUCCUUCAUGGCUCACUUGUACAAGUACGUGGACCCCCUGCAGCUGGACAAGUUCCGCUCAGACGACCAAAACCGCAGCAGCAGUGACGACGAGUACGACGAUGCGCUCAACAAGAAAAAACAAGACAUUGAGCUCAACACCAGAUUUUAG